AUGGAAGAAAUCUAUAGCACUAAACCAUCCACCCAGAGUGAGGGAGAGCCAUUCCACCAAAACCAGGGUUCACCUAAGGUCCAGGAAACCCCCCCAGAACAAAGAAUCUAUCCUUGUCCUGUGUGUGGGAAAAGUUUCCAGGUGAAUGACCACUUGGUGAGCCACCAGAAGAGUUGUUACCAGGACCAGCCAUGCAAAUACCCAAAGUUCAAGAAGAAAUUCAACAAGCCAUCUGAUCUCCAGCUACCCCAAAGGAUUCACUUAAGAGAAAAACGGUUUCAAUGCAAUGAGUGUGAAAAGAGUUACAGGCGCCAGGUGGACUUGCGGAACCACCAGCUUGUGCAUACAGGUGAAAGGCCUUUCCAGUGCUCUGACUGUGACAAGAGCUUCCGACAAAAGGGACAAUUACUCAACCACCAAAGUUUGCAUACUGGGGAGAGACCAUUCCAAUGCCCUGACUGUGACAAGAGCUUCCGACAAAAGGGACAGUUGCUCAAUCACCAACGUCUGCACACAGGUGAAAGGCCUUUCCAGUGCCCCGAAUGCAAGAAGAGCUUCCGUCUGAAGGCUGUCAUGAAGGCCCACCUAGGGUUACAUAGCAGAGAGAGGCCAUUUUCCUGCAGUGAUUGUGGAAAAGGCUUCACCCAGCAAUAUAAACUGACUGAGCAUAUCAGAGUACACAGUGGGGAAAAACCUUACCAAUGUCCUGAGUGUGACAAGAAAUUCCGCCUUAAGGCAGUUAUGAAAGCCCACCACCGAAGGCACAGUGGGGCAAGGCCAUUUUCUGACUCUGGUCUUGGCAAAGGUUUUACCAAACCCUCUUUACUCAGUGCCCACCUUAGAAGUCACAUGGGGGAGAAGCUCUUCAAGUGCCAAGAAUGUGAUAAGAGUUUCUCUCAGAAGAGGGACCUUCUCACUCACCAGCUUACACAUACAGGAGAGAAACCUUUUCAGUGCCCUGAGUGUAAGAAAGGCUUCCACCUAAAGGCUGUCAUGAAGGCCCAUCAAAGGUUGCACAGUAAGGAGAGGCCAUUUACCUGUACUGAUUGUGGCAAAGGCUUUACCAAGCAGUCUGCACUCACGAUUCAUAUCAGAGUGCACAGUGGGGAAAAACCAUUCAAGUGUUCCGAGUGUGACAAGAGCUUCCGCCUGAAGUCUGUUAUGAAGGCCCACCAGCGCAAACACAGUGAGGAAAGACCAUUCUCCUGUAAUGAAUGUGGAAAAGGCUUCAUUCAAAGGUAUAAACUUACCACUCACAUGAGAAUGCAUACUGGAGAGAAGCCCUUCCAAUGUCCAAAAUGUGACAAGAGUUUCCGUUUAAAGAAAUACCUCCUCAAACACCAGAUUGUACACACUGGUGAGAGACCCUUCCAGUGUCCCGAGUGUGAUAAGAGCUUCUGUCGGAAGGCUUACAUGAAAGUCCACCAGCGUCUCCACAGUGGGGAGAGGCCAUUUUCCUGUAGUGAGUGUGGUAAAGGCUUUGUUCAAAAGUAUAAACUCACUGAACAUUUUAGAGUACACACAGGUGAGAAACCUUUUCAUUGUGCUGAGUGUGACAAGAGCUUCCAUCAGAAAGGACACCUGCUCAACCAUCAGCUUGUGCACACAGGAGAGAGACCCUUCCAGUGCACAGAAUGUGAUAAGAGCUUUCGUCUGAAGGCUGAUAUGAAGGUCCACCAGCGCAUUCACAAUGGGGAGAGACCAUUUUCUUGUAGUGAGUGUGGCAAGGACUUCACUCAGAAAUCUGCACUAAAUACUCACCUCAAAUUGCAUGGCAAGUUGAAAUCAUGUAGUUCCCUAAGUAAGUCAGACAUUGAUUCUAGUAGUGCUGGUCAUUCCAGUCAUUAG